UACCCCACCCUGGUAAUGUGUGCUUGAAAGUGCUUCAUAUAAGUCAUAGCCACACUAUACACACUGACCCUACACUACAGGAGUCUGUCUACAUCCUGCAGCAUGGAUCGUCGACCUGUUCCAGCACCAAGGACACGCCGGCAAGUAACCGCGGUCAACCAACCACAGAGUACCCCGACCUCCCCUGUCUCCAAUUCUCCCCGCACGUCAGAGGCCACUGCAGGCAACCAACCACAGAGUGCCCCGACCUCACCUGUCUCCAAUUCUCCGAGCACGUCAAAGCCCAGUAACGGUCCCAAGCCCCCAGUUCCACCCAAGAAAAUCCAAGUUGUGAAAGAUUCAACUGAGCUGAACAAGGACGUGUCAGCCAUCAGCAUCUCAGACAGCUGCUCUUUUAUCACCAAGGCAGCGGGUUUGCGCUAUCAUCGACCUCCUCCCCCUCCACCCUCAAAAGCAGAGCCUCUAACCAGGAAAGAAACUACUGAUGAAUACAAGCCCACUGUGGAACCCAAGCAUGUUGAACCAGAUGAGCUUCAUAUCCGUGAGAAGGUCCAUCACCAGAAAUUCAAUCUCUCACCAGUUUCUCCUAAUAACGGAGAGCAUCCUCUGAAAGGAUUUAGCUACCUUGCACCAUUUCCCUCUCCUGACAUCCAAUAUACCAAGGAGGCUGAUAUGAAGGUCACACAAGAUCCAGGAGCGAAGUCUGGUCUUCAGGUGAAAAGAUUUCCAGAUCCUGACAAUGACAACAGUUCUGUCAACAAGAAAAGCCACAAUCAAGAAGGCCCUUACAACAUGGAUAACAACGAGCUGAUGCAGUGGUGGAACUCUGUAGAACCAUGGGAAGAGCUGACAAGUGAUCAUCUGUUGUCAAAAGAUAUAGAGGCCCGCACAUUCAACAACACAGUGGAAAAGAUCCAGAAGUCCUUGCAUGUGUAUGGCGCUCUUCUGACCGACCGCGGUGAGUCUCUUCAGAACCACGUCACCGAACUUCAGACUCUUGCUGACAGCAUCGACAAGACCUCUCAGAAGGUGAAAAUCGCCGCCAUCACCGGUGCCACCGGAGCGGUCGGAGGUGCGGCGGCCGUGGCCGCCGUGGUCGGAAUCGUGCUCUCUCCCAUCACCUUGGGAGCGUCCCUGGCGGUGACGGCGGCUGCCGUCGGAGUCGGCGUGGCUGCGACCGGCGCGGCCACCGGGGCCUCGGCCGCCAUCGCCAGCAAAGUCACCAACACCCAGGACCGGAGGAAAGUGGAGAAGAUCCUGCAGGACUACACGAGCGAGAUGGCUGACAUCGAGCGCUGCCUGGCCUUCAUCCAGGCGGGGACCGAGCACCUGAGGAGACACGACCUCUCCACCUUGAAAGGCGUCGACGCGGAUGCCGUGAAGGUGGCCAAGGUCAUGGAGGUGGCCGGGGGGACCAGUGGAGCUCUGGGGGCCACUAGCCGCUCCGCUGGCAUCAUCGAGGGGUUCGCAACGGGCAUGGACCUGCUCUUCUCUAAAAAAGAUGAGCAGAAAUUGAAGAGAGGCAAGGAGUCCAAAUUUGCCAAAAAGAUACGCACGGUUGCCGUUGAACUCCAAAGUCAGCUGGGAGAGUGUUUUAAGUUUAAAAGCAUGCUGGAGGAAAGGAGAAACAGCGUGCCUGCUGUAAACAGAGACAUGGAGUGAAGGCUUUCACGGCAUGCACAGCUGCUCAAAUGUUUUCUGUGUAUUUCCAACCACAGUUUUCAGGGGCCUCAGUAGGCCUAGUCCCUCCACUGCCUGCUAAUAGUAGUUGAUCAUAUGACUCGGUGAAUAGACCCAUAAUCAAUGUAAUUCAGUUAUCAUAGGGAGAAGAUACUAUAAGCUUGGGGUGUUGAUGUGUGUUUGUAUACUGUCCAGGGGUUGAAGAAGAUAUUGCUGUUUGCUUAAGAGUCUAUACUUCACAUUGAUUUAUUUUCUGCAAUGAAUAGGCCCAUAAUCAAAACUAG